CCGCGCCGCCUGAGAGGAAACAAAGUGCUGCGGGCGGGAGACUCGGCGGCGGCGCGUGGACCCUGCUCGGCCUUCUCGGUCACCCUCGCCCCGAAUCUUCCCGAGUGUGUGUGUGAGUGUGUGCGCGUAUUUUCUUACAAAGGGCAGUUUACGAUUGACUGAUUGGCAGUCUUUCCCCUUUGCCCUUUGUGCUGUAACCCGGCUCCCGCCGACCCAGGUGCUUCUCCCUUCCCACGCCGGCUUCUCCGCGGGCGCGGGUCGUCGGUUUGUGCCUUCGGUCUCCGCUUCUCCCUCUGCAUCCCUCUCCGUGUCCCGUGCUGCCCGCGGCCUCCCCGCUCUGCUCCGCCCGCCAGUCGCCCCGCCGCCCGCCAUGGCGACCGCGACCCCCGUGCCGCCGCGGUCGGGCAGCCGCGCCAGCGCCCCCGCUACGCCGCUGAGCCCCACGCGGCUGUCGCGGCUGCAGGAGAAGGAGGAGCUGCGCGAGCUCAACGACCGGCUGGCCGUGUACAUCGACAAGGUGCGCAGCCUGGAGACGGAGAACAGCGCGCUGCAGCUGCAGGUGACGGAGCGCGAGGAGGUGCGCGGCCGCGAGCUCACUGGCCUCAAGGCGCUGUACGAGACCGAGCUGGCCGACGCGCGACGCGCACUAGACGACACGGCCCGCGAGCGCGCCAAGCUGCAGAUCGAGCUGGGCAAGUUCAAAGCCGAGCACGACCAGCUGGUCCUCAAUUAUGCUAAGAAAGAAUCAGAUCUUAAUGGAGCCCAGAUGAAGCUUCGAGAAUAUGAAGCCGCACUGAAUUCUAAAGAUGCAGCUCUGGCCACUGCACUUGGUGACAAAAAAAGUUUAGAGGGAGAUUUGGAGGAUCUGAAGGAUCAGAUUUCCCAGUUGGAAGCCUCCUUAGCUGCUGCCAAAAAACAGUUAGCAGAUGAAACUUUACUUAAAGUGGAUUUAGAGAAUCGCUGUCAGAGCCUUACUGAGGACCUGGAGUUCCGUAAAAACAUGUAUGAGGAGGAGAUCAAUGAGACCAGAAGGAAGCAUGAAACCCGCUUGGUAGAGGUGGAUUCUGGACGUCAGAUUGAGUACGAGUACAAGCUGGCUCAGGCCCUGCAUGAGAUGCGAGAACAGCACGAUGCCCAAGUGAAGCUGUACAAGGAGGAGCUAGAGCAGACUUACCAUGCCAAACUGGAGAACGCCAGGCUGUCAUCAGAGAUGAAUACUUCGACUGUCAACAGUGCCCGGGAAGAACUGAUGGAAAGUCGUAUGAGAAUUGAGAGCCUUUCAUCUCAGCUUUCAAAUCUACAGAAGGAGUCUAGAGCAUGUUUGGAGAGGAUUCAGGAGCUGGAGGACUUGCUUGCUAAAGAAAGAGACAACUCUCGGCGCAUGCUGUCUGACAAAGAGCGGGAGAUGGCGGAAAUAAGGGAUCAGAUGCAGCAACAGCUGAACGAUUAUGAACAACUUCUCGAUGUCAAGUUAGCCCUGGACAUGGAAAUCAGUGCUUACAGGAAGCUCCUAGAGGGCGAAGAGGAGAGAUUGAAACUCUCUCCAAGCCCUUCUUCUCGUGUGACAGUAUCCCGAGCAUCCUCUAGUCGGAGCGUGCGCACAACUAGAGGAAAGCGGAAGAGAGUCGAUGUGGAAGAGUCCGAGGCGAGCAGUAGCGUUAGCAUCUCUCACUCUGCCUCAGCCACCGGGAAUGUCUGCAUUGAAGAGAUAGAUGUUGAUGGGAAAUUUAUCCGCCUGAAGAACACUUCCGAACAGGAUCAGCCAAUGGGAGGCUGGGAAAUGAUCAGAAAAAUUGGAGACACAUCAGUCAGCUACAAAUAUACCUCAAGAUAUGUGCUGAAGGCAGGCCAGACUGUUACAAUCUGGGCUGCAAAUGCUGGUGUCACAGCCAGUCCUCCCACCGACCUCAUCUGGAAGAACCAGAACUCUUGGGGCACUGGUGAAGAUGUGAAGGUUAUAUUGAAAAAUUCUCAGGGAGAGGAGGUUGCUCAGAGAAGUACAGUCUUUAAAACCACCAUCCCCGAAGAGGAGGAGGGUGAGGAAGACGCGCCUGAAGUGCUGGCAGAGGAAGAAAUUUUCCACCAGCAGGGAACCACAAGAGCAUCCAAUAGAAGCUGUGCAAUUAUGUAAACUUCUCAAGUCAACGGUCUUCCUCAGAAUAAAGAAGUAUGGUAAUCCUUACCAACAUGCAGUGCAGAGCCUUCUCAGAAGCACAGAAUAUUUUUGUAUUUCCUUUAUGUGAAUUUUUAAGCUGCGAAUCUGAUGGCCUUAAUUUCCUUUUUUGACACUGAAAGUUUUGUAAAAGAAACCAUAUCCAUACUCUUUGUUGCAAGAUGUGAAUUAUUGACACUGAACUAACUGUGUACUGUUUGGAAAGGGUUCCUCAAAUUUUUUGACAUUUUUUUGUAUGUGUGUUUUUUUAAGUUCUUACGAGAAGGGGACGGGAGGGUAAUUAAACCACUGUGUGUCUGGGUAUAAUCUGAAGAUUGCUCCAUCUAGAUUAGCAAUCUGCUCUUGAUUACUCUCUGCUAUAUAUAACGGUGCUGUGAGGGGGGUCAUUUUUCAAUAUAUCAAACUUUUGUACUGAAUUUUUUUGUAAUAAACAAUCAAGGCUACAAAAAUUUUUAAUAGAAAAGAGAAAUUUUGUAAGAAGGCAAUAUUAACCUAAUCAUCAUGUAAGCACUCUUGGAUGAAGGAUUCCACAAAACUUUGUUUUAUGGUUACUUCUCUUAGAUUCUGAAUUCACGCGGGGAUGGGGAGGUGGGAGGGAAGGGUUUCUCUUAAAACGCAUUAGCUGUGUUUUUAAAGAUAGUGUAACUUGCUUUAAUUUCCUAUGUUACAUUAACAAAUAAACGCUGUUU